GAAAGAGAUUGGUUAUCUUAAUUAUUUAGAGGUAUUGAGGAUGAGCAACAACAAUCUCAGUGGACGAUUACCAAGACAACUUUGGAAUGUCACGACUCUUCGUGAAUUAUACAUUGCCAACAUCUCUUUAACUGCAGGUGGUAUUCCGAAAGAGAUUGUUUAUCUUAAUAAUUUAGAGAUAUUAGACAUGAGUGACAACAAUCUUAGUGGACCAUUUCCAAGACAAAUCUUGAACAUCACAAGUCUCCGUCAACUAUACCUUGGUGGCGCCUCUUUAAAUGGUCGGCUACCAAAGGACAUUUGCAGUCACAAUAACCUUCAAAGACUCAAACUACUUGACUUGUCGUCUAACAAAUUGCAAGGAGAUAUACCGUCAAGUUUGUACCAAUGUCCACAACUCGAGAGUAUUGACUUGUCAGACAACAACUUUAGUGGAUAUGUGUCUGCACAAAUUUGGAAUAUAACACUGCUUAAGGUAUUAGACCUUACUUCCAACAAUUUGAUAGAUUUUGGGGUAAAUGGCAAAGCUACGGCUCUUGCGUCUAAUGAUAUUAUACAGUUCCUCAAUAACAUGAUGUAUAUAUAG